GACCACUGUUGAACUGUAUGUGAGUGCCAAAUUAUAUGCGUCGCAUUCGCUUCAGUUCAUCAUAGAUCGUCCAUUCGCCGGGAAAAUAACACGGCGUCGAACGUUGUUCUUGCUGAAAAUUGCGGAUUGCCGAAAUUCAUUCACAAUUAGCUAUUCUAUCAUUCUGCGCGAAAAGUUCGGAUCCCGAAAUGAGCGGAUAUCGCGGAAAUAAACGCCAACAUUAUGGCAAAGGCAGUGCUCGGCGCGGAAGAGAUCACGAAAAUGUGGCAGUGGAUGAAAAUAAUCCGAUCAUACAGUGUUUCCGCGAAUAUGCUACAAUACUAGACGCGAAGCACGACAAAUACGAACGCAUCGUGAAAAUCAGCCGGGAUAUAACGAUCGAAUCCAAGCGAAUUAUCUUUCUCCUGCAUACCAUCGAUCCUAGGAAAAAUAAUUUGCAAAAAGUUUGCAACGAAGCGAAGGAUCGACUGGAAGCUAUUUUUCGCAAUCAUUUUGUUAACAUAGCAAAAGAGCUUAAGGACCAGGACCCUUACCAGUAUACACGAGCCUACACCAAUGGAAUGCAAGAAUUUAUUGAGGCUUACACAUUUUAUGAAUAUUCUUGCGGAAUGGAUAUAUCGCAUUGGGACGCAAUUCAGAAGAAGCUGACUUAUUCAUCGGACCAAAACGUCGAUUCAAGCAUUGCAGAAAAACCCCUUAAUGAGCCAACCGAUGCCGAACCUGACGAGCAAAAGAGGUCGAAUGAAACCACUGGAGAAACAAUGAAGCUGAUUUGCUUACUUCAUCCCCAAGACUUUGUACUUGGUCUGGGUGAUCUUAGCGGCGAGAUAAUGCGAACGUGCAUUAAUUCUCUUGGAUCUGGAAAUUCGGAGAGCUGUUUUCUGCAUUGUCGUUUUAUGCAGGAGCUAUACAAAGGAUUCCUAAGCGUGACGUCUAUACGGAGCCGGGAUUUUUCUCAUAAGAUGAUGACUUUACGGCAAAGUUUGCUCAAAAGUGAGAACGUUUGCUAUAAUGUGACGGUACGAGGAGGUGAAGCGGCCAAAUGGGGAACUACAGAUGAAACAUCGGGAGCCAUGUUCCAGCUGCAGCCUUCAAAGGACGACGACGAUGAGGGGGUAUACUUUUGAUCUGCUGCUCGUGUGUCCUGAUUUCAGUAUAAGAUGAUGAUUUCCCGAAGCUCCUACCACUACUAUAUCAUCGACGUAUACAAAAAUGCAUUCCGUCGUGAGGCCUGUCAUGGCUAUUGUCAUCAUUCAUUGAAAACUAUUUGGUGAAAUGUUCAAUCCAAACGGUAAUCAUUUAAAUUGAUAGUAACCAUCUGUGCUUGAAAAAGCUGUAUACUUUUUAGACGAUUUGAUGAUAUCCUGACUUAAGAUUUAAUGUGCUAAAGCAUUUAGCUCGUCCUAGUUGAUCUAAUAUGGAGUCUACUCUAGGUAAUGGAAAUUUAUCAUGGAGCAUCUUUUUGUGAAGCUGUCUAAAAUCUACUAUCAAUCUCCAUUUUUUCUCCUGUGUGGAUUUUUUCGGUACCAGUAAGAUGGGUGAAUAGUAAUGUGACACCGAGUGAUCUAUUACAUAAUUUUGAAGCAUUUUCUUGUUUUGCUUUUUGAUUUCUGGUCCUUGGGAAUGGUUUUGUUUGUAGUUCGGUAUGUACACGGGUCUUUUAUCUUCUAAUUUUAUAACCUGUUCGAAAAGGUUUUUUCUAAUCUAAUGAUUAUCUGGCAAAUGAAAUAUGUCAUUAUUAAAUUAUGUUCACGAUAGCCCGGAGUAAGUUUUAAAAAAAUAUUACUGGGGAUCUUUAUUUGCGAACUGCUAAACUAAGACUGAAGCUAACUUCUGGAUUCGGUACUAUUUAGCUAGGCUGGUGUUUUCGGUGCUGCCAGGUUUGCCGGUCACGUUGUCGUCCACGUUUAUGAUGAUCAUGUUGCCUCGGUCCGUCUGAACAUACGACACCACACCUGGUCGUGGGAACCUGCUUCCAGUGGAGUUCCCGUUGGAACCUGACUCCGCGCGUGGAGUAACAUCGAUGGCUCGCUUGCGACCGUUUUCUUACUCAGCACCUGUAUCAUAGCGCGUAGCGCAUGUGUACAUAUCUCCUCCCUCCUUAAACGUCGAGCGUCCUCGAUCGACUUACCGACGUUUGCAGUGGGAUGAUGUUGUGAAUAGCUUCGGUAGACAUUUUAUUCUCUGCAUGUUUGGUUUUGUAUUUAUAGAUGCAAAAUGCAGUUAUAAGAAAGCCUGUUAGAACAACAAUUAAUAUCCCUCCUGCAAUUGUAUGCGUGCGUAAGCGGAGUGUUAUUGUAUGGAGUUGAUGUAUGUUACUAAUAUGCAUUGUGUGCAGAUCUUGUAUACUUGGCUUGUUUAGAGUUAUUUCUGUUUUGCUGCCAGUUAAGGGUAGGAAGUAGUCUUCUUGGUCUAACACAUCAAUAUGCGCAGUAAAUGUGCUAUUUAAGAUUUUUACGGUGCAAUUGCCGGUUUCAAUUAGUGUGGGUACUGUUAUUAUUUGGCUGUUUGAACAUGAAUCAAUGACUGGCACGCCAAAGGUGGUAUCGAUUAGAAUGACUCCUGGUUUCAUUCCUCGUAUUAUUAUUCCUCAUAUGCUCGGAGCUCGUGGUGGUGGUACAUUUAGAUGGAUGAUUUCUGAUGAUAUUUGAGAUACACUCGUCGUUUAGCGGUUGUGGGUUGUUGCAAAUCGUGCACUCUUCGUUUACAUUGAAAAUGGUGUUUUUAUGCUUGGCUACAAAUUUUACAUCCGUCUAUUAUUCUAUGUCUUCUACAGUUGUACAAUGUUAUCAAUGUUCAGGAUAAGAUUUACUUGUUCUAUUUCAGUUUUUACGACUUUUAUCUGAUUAUUCAUUUGAUUUUCGAUUUUUAUUUUUUUAGAGUUUGUGUAAUUUUGUUUACUGAUUUUUCUAUUUCGGAAUUAAUUCUAACUUGAGCGUUAAUGUUGGAUAUGGUUUUGUUUUCUGAAUGUUCUAAAUUCUGAAUGUUCUAAGUGUUUUCUGAUCUGCGAUUUCCUGCGAUUAUUUUUAUAAUUGUUUUUAA